CUUCUUAUUCUGCUAAUACAAGCAUACAAAUUUUAACUGAUGGAAGUCUAGUGUGGUAUUUCUUUGAGCCACCCGUUAUAAAAGAUGCUAAAAGAAAAGCCAAAUGCCAAUUGUGUAUUGAAAAAGAAACAUACCUCAUCCUAAAUAAAGGUUCCACUACUAGUCUACAUAGUCAUAUUACUAAUGCUCAUCAUAUCAAUAUUGCAGAGGCUAUUAGUUCUAAGAACUUUCCAGUUGUUUCUCAGUCUAGUAAAAAUGUUCUUAGACAAGCAUUAAUUAAGUGGAUUACAAUGGAUAGCCUUCCUUUUAUCACCGUUGAAUCAGAAAGUUUUUGGAAGUUAGCUGAUAUAAUUAGAAAGUUAGAUGAUAAUAUCACAAUUCACUCCACAAGGACAGUUAAGCGGGAUUUGUUAGGCAA